AUGUCUCACAGUACUGCCAGUGCUGAAAGACUCCGCGUCGCCAUCAUAGGCGGUGGGAUCGCGGGUCUUUCUGCUGCAGCGUUCCUCCGCAAGCACGCCCAGCUCAGUGUCACAAUCUAUGAACGCCGAGAAGCAGGUUUUCCGGAGACCUCGGCUGGAAUUGGAGUGAUGAGAGAUGGAAUCUCCAUUGCGAAACAGUUGGGUAUCGACAGAGAGGAGGUACGCGGCGUGAUUGGGGCUGGAUUCCGCACGUACAAUACCAGGGAGGAGGAGGUGAGUAGGUCCCUAGAAGGGGACGGCCCGGAUGGUGAAGGUGCCCUGUGGCUCGUAUUCAGACAAGAUCUGAGAGACGCACUUCUCAGGAGGGUUGGGGAUGAAAAAGGCGUGGGGCAGCCUGUCAAGGUGGUACAUGGCAGUCGAAUCGUGGGAGUUGAUCCUGAGGCCGGGAUUCUUCAUUUUGCCGACGGAACGUCUGUUGAAACAGACCUCAUCAUCGGCGCUGACGGAAUUCAUUCCGUCGUUCGCAACGCAGUCAUUCCUUCGACACACCCAGUACCGGCCCCCUGCGGACUUAGCAUGUACCGCUUUGUCCUCCCCAUUGACAUUGUUAAGAAUGCCAUUGGCCAUGGCCAUGAAUACCCGCCUAUGUGCGACUACAGCAAAGGUGCAUUUGUCAACGUAAUGGCUGCCGGUGACAGAGGCAAUCGCAACGUCGUCAUGUAUCCUUGCCGCGGGCACGAACUGAUGAACAUUGCCUUUGCUGUGCCGGACGGGAUCGUGCGAGACCCGAACAAGCUCCAAUACUCGUGGAACGCCGCAGGUAACAAGGAAGCCAUGGUAGAGGCUCUUCGUGGAUUUCCCGAAUGGCUUCAGCGGAUAGCCAGAUGUGCCUCUCGUGUCCAUCUAUUCCAGCUACGCGACCAAGAACCUCUCCCGACUUAUAUAAAGGGCCGGACUGUCCUGAUUGGCGACGCUGCUCACGCCAUGGUUCCAUACCAAGGGCAGGGUGCGAACCAGGCCUUCGAAGAUGCGGAAGGCCUGAAUGUGGUUUUGGCGAACGUUACUGAACGGGACGAGAUACCCGAUCUCCUGCGAAUUUGGGACAGCGUCCGUCGACCGCGGGCUUCAGAGAUACAGAAGGGUUCUCGGUCGUCUCAAACAAAGAUCGCCUCCAAGGAAGCAUCGGAGGCCAUCGCGUCGGUGGGGCCGUAUACGAGCAUGAAAGAGGCUCUGGAGCUACUGCAGGGAAACAGAUUGGUCGUGUGA